ACACACACACACAAACGUACGCGCGCGUGUGAGCGUUCUCUCUCACUCACACACACAGACGCCCGGAGCGGGGAGAUAGCAGAGGGACACAGAGCCGGCUAGCGUCUCAGCCGCUGAUGGUUCAGCCCUGAUGGAGUGUUACACCGAAGGAGAGCAUGUUCGCACGGGUCUGGAUGAAGAGGUGAUCGUAGAUCUUGGGAAGACCAGCUCCACCACCCACACCAACUAUGAAGAAGAGGAGCUGGAGAGUCACAGGGCAGUGUAUGUGGGCGUCCAUGUUCCGCUGGGACGCGAGAGCAAACGCCGCCAUCGCCACCGAGGCCACAAACACCACCGGAAGAGGCGGGACAAAGAGUCCGACCGGGAGGACGGGCGGGAGUCCCCCACAUACGACACCCCGUCCCAGCGGGUGCAGUUCAUCCUGGGGACGGAGGAUGACGACCAGGAGCACGUCCCUCAUGACUUGUUCACUGAGCUGGAUGAGCUGUCUUGCAGAGACGGCCGCGCCACCGAGUGGAAGGAGACCGCCAGGUGGCUGAAGUUCGAGGAGGAUGUGGAGGAUGGAGGGGAGAGGUGGUCUAAGCCCUACGUGGCCACGCUGUCCCUCCACAGCCUGUUUGAGCUGCGCAGCUGCAUCCUGAACGGCACCGUCAUGCUGGACAUGAGAGCCAACAGCAUCGAGGACAUCGCAGACAUGCUGAUAGACAGCAUGGUGGCGUCGGGGCAGCUGUUGGAGCAGCAGCGUGAGAAGGUGCGUGAGGCCAUGCUGAAGAGACACCAGCACCAGAACGAGAGGAAGCUCAGCAACCGCAUCCCCCUGGUGCGCUCCAUCGCUGACAUAGGCAAGAAACACUCCGACCCGCUCUUGCUCGACCGCCACGGAGAGGGCUUGUCCUCGUCCCGUCUCUCCCUCCAGAAGCCCGGAGUGUCCUCCUCGGCGUCCAGCCUGUCCCAGAGACGGGAGUCCCGAGUCUCCAUGCUCCUGCAUCACCUCCUGCCCUCCUCCUCCACCACCCCCGGGGGCCCCUCCCCUGGCCACUCCCCCUUCGCCACCCCCCAGAGCACCCCGCCCUCCGCCCGCCGCUCCCACAGCCCCCCGCGGGCCCCCCCGCCCAUCCCAGAGGUGGUGGUCUCGCCCCCGGAGGACGAGGCCCCGCCCCGCGCCGCAGAGGAGGAGGGGGAGGGGGCGGAGCCAGGAACGCGGCCGGCGACGGCGUCCAAGAGCCCGGCGCUCCAGCUGCUGCCGCUAGAAGGGUCCCUGGUGUCGGCCAACUCUGUUCCCAGUCACCUGGAAGCCAGCAGAAUGGGAGAGAGGAGGCCAUCCAAAGUUGGGGUCAGUAGAGAGAACAGCAGUGUGGACUUCAGCAAGGUGGACAUGAACUUCAUGAAGAAGAUUCCUCCAGGGGCCGAGGCGUCCAACGUGCUGGUGGGGGAGGUGGACUUCCUGGAGAGACCCAUCAUCGCCUUCGUACGCCUCGCCCCAGCCGUGCUCAUCACCGGCCUCACUGAGGUGCCUGUGCCCACCAGGUUCCUGUUCCUGCUGCUUGGCCCCACAGGAAAGGGCCCCCAGUACCAUGAGAUAGGCCGCUCCAUGGCCACGCUCAUGACCGACGAGAUCUUCCAUGACGUGGCCUACAAGGCUAAAGACCGCACAGACCUGCUGUCAGGGAUAGACGAGUUCCUGGACCAGGUGACGGUGUUGCCUCCAGGGGAGUGGGACCCCACCAUACGCAUCGAGCCCCCCAAGAAUGUCCCCUCACAGAUGAAGAGGAAGAGGCCUUCCCAGCCCAACGGCUCCCUGUCUCCCUCUGUGGAGCAGGAGAAGGAGGAGGAACAUGAGACUGGACCAGAGCUGGAGAGAACUGGACGGAUCUUCGGAGGCCUGGUCCGGGAUGUGAAGCGCAAGGCUCCGUUCUACUGGAGCGACAUCCGUGACGCCUUCAGCCUGCAGUGUCUGGCCUCCGUGCUGUUCCUGUACUGCGCCUGCAUGUCUCCUGUUAUCACCUUCGGGGGGCUGCUGGGGGAGGCAACCAAGGGAAACAUAAGUGCCAUCGAGUCCUUGUUCGGGGCGUCUCUGACGGGGGUGGCGUUCUCUCUGUUUGCGGGCCAGCCCCUCACCAUCCUGGGCAGCACUGGGCCCGUCCUGGUCUUUGAGAAGAUCCUCUUCAAGUUCUGCAGUGACUACGGCCUGUCCUACCUGUCUCUGAGGACCUGCAUCGGCCUGUGGACCGCCUUCCUGUGCCUGGUCCUGGUUGCCACGGACGCCAGCUCGCUGGUGUGCUACAUCACACGCUUCACGGAGGAGGCCUUCGCUUCGCUCAUCUGCCUCAUCUUCAUCUACGAGGCGCUGGAGAAGCUGGUGCACCUGGGGGAGCACUUCCCCGUCAACACGCACAGCAGCCUGGACAACCUCACCCUCUACUCGUGUCAGUGUGCCCCACCCAGCAAUGCCUCAGAGCAGGCACUGCAGUCGUGGAACCAGACAGGACACACGCAGAACUCCAUCUCCUGGAGCAGCCUCAAUGUGUCGAUGUGUAACUUGCUCCACGGGGAGUUUGUGGGCCCUGCCUGUGGCCAGCGUGGUCCCUUCAUCCCUGACGUGCUGUUCUGGUCCAUCAUCCUCUUCUUCACCACCUUCCUCCUCUCCUCCUUCCUCAAGCAGUUCAAGACCGAGAACUACUUUCCCACCAAGGUACGCUCCACCAUCAGUGACUUUGCGGUGUUCCUGACCAUCAUGAUUAUGGUGCUGGUGGACUACCUGAUGGGCAUCCCUUCUCCCAAACUCCACGUCCCCGACCGCUUCGAGCCCACCUCCAAGCACCGCGGCUGGCUGAUCGACCCGCUGGGGGGUAACCCCUGGUGGACGCUGCUGGUGGCGGCACUGCCUGCGCUGCUGUGCACCAUCCUCAUCUUCAUGGACCAGCAGAUCACCGCUGUCAUAGUCAACAGGAAGGAGCACAAGCUGAAGAAGGGCUGUGGCUACCACUUGGACCUGCUGGUGGUAGCAGUGAUGCUGGGCGUGUGCUCCAUCAUGGGCCUGCCCUGGUUCGUGGCGGCCACCGUCCUCUCCAUCUCCCACGUCAACAGCCUGAAGCUGGAGUCGGGCUGCUCCGCCCCCGGGGAACAGCCCAAGUUCCUGGGGAUCCUGGAGCAACGCUUCACAGGGUUCAUGAUCUUCCUGCUCAUGGGCUGCUCCGUGUUCAUGACCUCCGCCCUCAAGUUCAUCCCCAUGCCAGUGCUGUAUGGGGUAUUUCUCUACAUGGGAGUGUCCUCUCUUAAAGGCAUCCAGUUCUUCGACCGGAUCAAGCUGUUUGGCAUGCCAGCCAAGCACCAGCCCGACCUGAUCUACCUGCGUUACGUGCCCCUGUGGAAGGUCCACGUGUUCACCCUGGUCCAGCUCACCUGCCUGGUGCUGCUCUGGGUCAUCAAGACCUCGUCUGCUGCCGUGGUCUUCCCUAUGAUGGUGCUGGCUCUGGUCUUCAUCCGGAAACUUCUCGACUUCUUCUUCACCAAGAGGGAGCUGAGCUGGCUGGACGACCUGAUGCCCGAAAGCAAGAAGAAGAAAGAAGACGACAAGAAGAAGAAGGCGAGAGAGAAACUGGAGGCGGUGGCCCUGCUGACGGUGGGGGCGGAGCCUGGGUUGGGGGCGGAGCCUGGGUUGAAGCUCCAAUAUGAAGGGAGCAACCUGCUGAAGAUCCCUGUCAAGUCCCUGUCAGGAAGUUGUGAGCCCCCCAAUGUUAACAUCUCUGAUGAGAUGGCCAAAAGUGUGGCGUGGAAAACAACAGCUUCUGGCAGCGACUACACCCAACCUGCCCAGCGUAGCAAAAGCGAGGAGAAGGUGGCGUGUGUUAGGGUGGACCUGGACCCAGAAGCAGCAGGAGGCUGCAACACGGCCAUAGAGACCUUCUUGUGAUGGAGGAAGACGACACCUUUCUCUCUGCCCCCAUUCCUCCCUCCCACCCCUCCUUAUUACCCCAGAGAGGGGCAGUUGGCUAGAUAGAUCUGGAGCUGGGCAGCUCGUCAGGGGGUAGGGUCUCUGUUCUAGGCAACGACUGAGCUCUGACCUCCAGUAACCCACUGUUGCAUUCUGAGAAAUCCCUGGCCUGUGAUUGGACCAUGGUGACACUGCCCACCCAAAUCCCCCAUUUCGGGUGCUUCAAACCCCAAUGUCAGGAGUCAUCUUCUCAUCUUCAACCACAGAUACCAAAAUAAGGGGCCACUCUCUAAUGAGGAUCUGCAGAUCGUUACGGACGCUUGAACAGACUUUAAUUUUGAAAAGGUGUACAUUUCAGUUUCGGUUCAAAGAAAUGUAUUUGUUUAGAUUUCAUGUCGUUUCUUGUUUUAUUUAUGACUCAUUAGAUUCAGAUGAGUUCGCUGGAUCCCCCCCCCACCCCCCCACCCCCCACCCAACCCCAACUAUUUUAAUAUUCAGAUGAAGACACUUCAAACCAGCUACAGAAGCACACUUUAUCGAAGCCAUUCAGGUGGAUUGUCACUUUUAUCAGUGCCAACUGAUUUUGCUGUAUGUCAGAAGCCUGGUUCACUAGACUGCCACAAACCAACAGAAUGUACACAUUCAGAUGCCUAACCCAUAAUCUCAGUAGAGUGUAAGGUGGCCAAACAUGGUCUUCGGUAGAAAGAUCGGUUGAGCCAAAUCUUUUCACCGCUCCGUAAUCACUCCAUCUGCUUGACGUUCGUUUCAAAAUGUCAGCGUCAAAAUUGCUGCUCGCGUCAAGUCGUUUUAGCCGAGGAUACGUGUUUUAAACAUGUUUGUUUGGUAUAGAGAGCCGUAAGCGAGGUCAUCCAGUUCCGGUCUGGUCGUCCCCAUAGCACUUUAGCUUUUUUUGUCAGUUUGUAUGAACUAGAGACCUACACAGGCUUUUGUUGUGUUUGACAGUGUUUGAUGUCUGAAAAUGUCACUGUGGUCCAGUGUUGACACUCAAGCCUGUCUCAAAUAGUGUACAUUCGUUUUAUUUAAUUGUAAGGAUCACAACUAUUUUGCUAAAAUACAAAAGUAAAAACAUUAUACUUGUUUGGAAUUGUUUUAAGUAUCAGUGAACUGGGGUCACUUUCAGGACCGCUUCAAACCAAUUCUGUUGCACCUGUACGUCCCGUAAUUCAGUGAUUACAGUAUUACAAAAGUCUUUUUAUGCAGAAUACUUCUAUUUUACUCAAAAGAAAUGUAUCUUUGUAUUCUGUAGUUCUCAUCAGCUUAGCGUGGUUCUGUGGCAGCAAUAAUCAACAGUGUUCAGUACCAUGCUAUGUGUGGAUUGAGAGUUAUGUGUCAAACAAAGGUUUGAGUUUGUCAAAUCGUCAUAUAGUUUUAAUGGGCAUUUCAGUGUGUUGCUAACUACGGUAUGAGACUAGCUUAUGUGCCUUGUGAAAGCAGCACCGUGGCUUGAACUUUUACCAUAAAUGUAUAUUGUUGAUGUUCAGGUACUGUAAUCGCAUCAUGGCAUCUAAACGCCAAAGACUAGUCUACUUCUGGGAGUUCCUACCUGCUGUUUAUACCGGUUCAAACAGGAAGUCAGACAUUUAUGGCCGUCUUGAUCUGAAUGUCUUUGUGAAAGUCACACCAUCUACCAAACUAACAACAAAACGAUAAAUAUAUAUAUAUAUAUGUAACCAAUAUCAGCAUUAUUUAUAAUCUGUAGUUUUACUGUCAAGACACUGUUUUCAUGUCACAGACACAACACAAGCCCUUCACAAAUCGUCAUUCUAUUGAUAGUUUUUAAAUGCAAUAUAUGUCAAUGUUCACCAAAUUAUUCUAACUUUUAAAAUCACAGGUGAACAACAUUUGUGUACAUUAACGUGAAUGUUGUUGAAGCCUUUUUCCCACUCAAUGUUUUGACUCAUUGCAAAUGUUAAUUUGAUGUUUGAUCUGUAAUAUUGGUGUGCUUGGAAGGAAGGUAUCACAACUUGUAGAACACAUGAUAUUGCAGUACAAUUGACUCAGUGUGUAAAACAUGGUGAAUAUGCUCUACCAGAAUGUUGCUUGCUGGUGUGCAUCCAAUGUGUUGAUUAGUUCCAGCUACUACACUGAACUCACUAGCCUACUCCAGUAGUUAUUACGGUACAGCAAUGACAAGGUAUAGGACAAAACCUAUUUUUUUGUAACUAUCGAUGGAAAGCAAUAAAAGUAUUUCAAUGUCAGACUUGUUUCUGUGUUCUGAAGCUGUUACAUUAUUAAGGUACUGUCUUAAUCCAAGAAAUUCUUUCGGGUCGAAAUAACUUUUGUGUC